UGCCCUCCAUCAAUGAGUCGCCUCCAGUCUCUAUCCACGCCGUCGCGGCGGUCUCGGGUGUCGCCGUCUCCCUCGCCCGCGCCCUCUUCUCCUCGCCCCCCAACGGAGACUACCAAUCACCGAUACCUUCGCCUCGUCCUUUCAGAGGUUAAGACAGUCCUCGCAACAUGGGACGACAUCAUCCUCCAAGACGGCUUGAGGGCUGGCAAGGCGUGCAUUGAUGAGGCCACGGAGAUGGAUAACAUCCUCACAAUGCCCGAUGGGCCCGAGCGCCCGCGUGUUGCACCGCAUCUGGUCGCACUCGGUGAUGCGCGUGCCGCCCUCCGUGCAAGCCUCUCCAAGCUCGAUAAGCUACUGAUGAAGCUCUCCAAGCUCAUCGAACAGGCCGAGACGCUCUUCCUUGAUGCGUACGCGAAACAGCAGGCCUCCGGGCCCAUGUGGCUGUCCUGGACGCUGGAAGACUUUGUCGACUCCAUCCCUCCUCUCCUUUCUUCCCAUCACAGCGAGCUGCUGGAGCUUACCGCGCUCGCCAAUACCCUCCUGGACCCCAGCACGAAGUUCGGGGCGGCGCGAGCCGCUCUCGAGAGGUGGCGUGAUCUCGGACGUGGCGGGGAGCGCUGGUGCGAGGCGCGAGAGUGGGAGGAGAUGGUGGACCUCGAAAUCGGCAAUGGGGAUGGAGAGGAAGGGAAGGAGGACAGGCGGCGCAAGAAGCGCUGAUGUGGAACGCCUCACCACGUGCCGCCGUCAUGCCAAGGCGGCCAGUUGGAGUGAUGGGAUGAUGCGCGUCGUUGACCGUGCGCGGUAUGCACGGCAAUGCGAUGCGGAAUAGCGGUGACGGCCAACGACAGCAAACGCUUGCGCCGUUGUUGUGCCCUCUUCUCAGCCGCUGUGC